AUGGAUACUUUACUAUCUGCUGAUAACUUCUGUUUGUCACCUAGUAAGGUGGUUUAUGCACUCGAGAAUAUCGCACCAAAGGUGAAGUGUCCACCAAAGAUGUGGUCCGACCCGAACACAAGGAAGUCAGACGCCUUCUGUGAGUUCCACCAAGACCGAGGACACAAUACAGAGGAUUGCCAUGCUCUAAGGUUAGAAGUGGAAACUCUACUGCAACAAGGACACCUCAAAAGGUUGCUCACUAACAAAGGCAGCAACACCUUAGCAAAGGGGCGAGAACUCUUAGGCUCGCCAAAGCAACCGUCUCCCACUCGGACUAUCAACAUGAUUAUCAGAGGUAGUGAUGACACCUCCAUCAAUGGCAUUAAGUUCGCCACCACUCACAAACUCAAGAGAUCGAUCACCCACGAACGGAGGAUUAUGGUUGACGGCGGAAGAAGAGCAUGUAUUAUCCAUCCUCAAGUCCUCGUACAGAUGCGACUUGAGGAUAAGAUAGGGUCGUGCUGCAUCACACUAACCGGUUUUAACAAUGUAGUUGAGCGGACUUCUGGAGAGAUCACACUCCUCGUCCUCGCCGGUGGGGUGACACUGGAGACCACAUUCUAUAUCAUGCACCAGGACACAUUGCAUAAUGCCAUCGUGGGUCGGCCAUGGAAACACCCCAUGAGGGCAUUCCCUUCCAGCCUGUGCCAAGUGAUCAAGUUCCGGACCCCUUGGGAAUAUUCAGCAUACGAGGGAAACAAAGAACGUCCAGGGAAUGCUAUUGGAUCACCCUUCUCCUCUUUGACUAUUUGA